ACGAAAUUUACUUCAAGUUAUUCCGGACACCCUGUAUAUUAAUAUUAAUUUUAAUUUCGCUCAUAAAAUUAACAAUUAACAAACAAAAGGGUAAUUAAAGAAAACCCAAGUUUGCACGCUUAAUGUUCACCGAGCCAUUAUAAAUUCAUUAUGAUUAUUGCAUACCGUCAGAUAGGUUGUACAAGUUCCCUCUACCAAAUGGGUACUACCUGUGUAACCGCGCACGCGAAACUAGACUUUAUCCGUGUCGCGUAUAGAGAACCACCUUGUAUCUACAGGUGAAAUCACCCAGGUAAAAUUUUAUAGUUGCGUAUUAGGUCUACCACACUGAAGAUAAUACCGCGGUUGCCGAUGGUAACAUUGUGAUUUAUUUGUGCAACAAAAAAAUAAUAAAACGAAAAUGAAGAAUUAUUGUUGGUGUUUUAGUAUAAUAAUUGUGUGUUCAGGUGUGGUACUCGGUGCUAGUGUUGGAGGUAUUACAGUGGGUGGUGCCAAAUGCGGACAAAUAACUUGCAAACAAACUCAGUAUUGUUCAAGUUUUGAUAAUACUUGUCAAGAAUGUGACCUGGUUUGCAAUACGAAAAGUCACAAUUAUGAAGAAGCUGUUUGCGAAAAGCAAUGUCAAGAUUAUUUGCACGAUAUUAGAUACGCAAGAAAAGAUGGCAGCAGCAAUGACGACCUCAGAAGUACAGUGGAUCGUCUCUCACAAAUGGUGACCAUCACAUUGACACUAACCAUCUUAAUGCUGCUAAUAUUAGCCGGCGUACUAUGUUUCCAAUUAUACAGAUGGAAAAUAAAGAAAAACAUUUCUUUGAAAGAUAUUUCAAAUUCUUUCUUCAAAAAGAACGAAACUACUGCAACCACUCCAGAUAACAGAGAAAACAAAAAAAGAGACAUGUGUCUCGAAAUGCCCGGUUCUAAUGUGAAUUCUGAGCACAGUCCUGUUACUGUUACAACAUCCAUUGACCGAAGACCAGCCGAAGAUAGUACUUUGGAUUAUUCUUAUGAUAAUCCAGUAAUGAGACAUACAAAUAUUAGUUAACAACAUUACGUCACAUCAACUUGGGUUUGUUGCAGCCUCAUAGAAAAAAGAUAUCUAAUAAUCGGGCACUGAGCAAAAAUAUUGUAUAUAGUAGUAUAUAUUAGUACAGAACGUCCUAGAACAGUUAAACGUCCAUUGAUUCCGUUCAUUGUUUUGACUAAGUUUUAAGGCACAAAUUUUUUAUUUAUUUUAAAUUGUCAAAACCAAAGCAAUAAUACACCGUGAUUGUCGUAGCCCGUGCAUUAGAAUUCAAUUGAAUUGCAGGUGGAUUAUUAGAGAUAGCAUCUAAUCCACCUGCAAGCUAAUGCAGGGGCUACGUAAAUCACCCUGUAUAUGAUAUGAUAUUGAUAAAUAAAUAGGUUGGUUCCAAAUUAAAAAUGCCAUCCUGGUUUUGAUUAGUGCAAUAAGAAUACAAUACUCUUUUUGUUCGUUAGACAUCAGCAUAAGCUGUUAGAGUUCAAGCAUCACGAAUAUGUUACGUUGUUUAGGCAUUAAUUUAUUUUCUGGAUAAAAUUUGUUUUCCUAAUUGUAAAAUGUACUUAAAUGUAAAACGCUUAUUAUUAUUAUUAUUGUUAAUAUUUUAUGUUGAAUAAAAAUUGGUAAACUUAAUUAGUAUAGGUACCCAAGGUUGUUCAAUUCCUUAUCAUCUUUAUUAUUGAAUUUUUCUGAUUAGUCAUCACUAUUGUAUUGUUAAAACAAUUAUUACAGUCGUCAUGUAUUCAAAGAUAAAUGUUUUGCCAUUUUCAGAGAACAACUAAAAUGUGGCAAUUCUGAUACACAGGUGCAUGCAUACAGUGUGAGUCAAUUAAAUCUAAACUGUGUUUUCUUUUUUUUUUUAAUCCACUUAUCCUUGAAAAUUCAACUAACUCCCAUAUGGCGGAAUUUGUUUUUGCAUAUAGGGUGACACUUUAAUUUGAUUGUGUGUUUUUUGAUAGCAAUAUGUCACAACCCCUAUACGUUUCAUCCUGAAACGUAACACAGGAGCGUGACCUGGGGGCGUAGGUGAGGUUCAGGUAGAGAUAAACUCGC